UCAGUCAGUUUGUAGCGAUCGUGAGCUUAACAUCGGCUUCUACAGCUUCAAAAGUGUGAAGUGUGCGCGAGAAAAGGUGAUGAAAAUCUCUGAGGAAAACCGCCUCACAAAAGCGGACUUUUGAAAGUGCGAUUGCUGGAAAAGUGGACGUUAUCAGCGAGAGUCUCUGGAGAGAUAAACGAGCGGCAGCUGAGUCUCAAGAGCCGAUUGCGCCCGAAGUCAGCCACCAAAUCCCACCAUGAGCCACGCCAGAGCGCUGAGCGCGGCAGUUCUGCUGAGCUUCGCUGUGCUCAUCGUCCACGCAAGGGUCGUUCAGCCGCCCACGGAGAUCCGACCACUGUCACGCGAGGAGCCCAAGACCAGAGCAAGGAUGCAUCCAGCGUUCGCGAACGCCGGCAGAGCCAAAGGACUCGAAAUCUGGCGCGUUGAGAAUUUCGAGCCUGUGGCGUACCCAAAGAAUGAUUAUGGCAAAUUCUACGAGGGAGACUCGUACAUUGUCCUGAAUACCAAGGAGUCCAAGAGCAAGGAGUUGUCCUGGGACGUUCACUUCUGGCUCGGCCGGGAGACAACCGCAGACGAGGCUGGUGCAGCCGCGAUCUUGACUGUUCAGCUGGACGAUCAGCUCAACGGCGCUCCGAUUCAGCACCGCGAGGUGCAGGAUCACGAGUCGCAGACUUUCCUGGGCUACUUCAAGAACGGCGUGCGCUAUCUGCCCGGCGGCGUGGCCAGCGGCUUCAGGGCCACGGAGACCAACGCGGCCGGCGAGAAGAGGCUGUUCCAGGUGAAGGGCAAGCGCAACAUCCGCGUGCGCCAGGUGAACUUGUCCGUGUCGUCCAUGAACAAGGGCGACUGCUUCAUCCUGGACGCCGGUCGCGAGAUCUUCGUGUAUGUCGGCAAGAAGGCGAAGCGCGUGGAGAAGAUUAAGGCGAUCAGUGCGGCCAAUCAGAUCCGCGACCAGGAUCACGCCGGACGCGCCAACGUCCAAAUCAUCGACGAAUUCAGCUCUGAAGCCGAUCAGCAGGAGUUCUUCCAGGUUCUGGGCUCAGGAUCGCCCAGCGAAGUGCCCGAUGAGUCUGCUGGUGAGGACGACGAGGCGUUCGAGAGACAGGAAGAGCGCAGUGUGACGCUGUACAAGGUUUCCGACGCCACCGGAUCGCUCCAGGUCGAUCCUGUGUCGCAGAAGCCGCUGAAGCAGGAUUUCCUCAAGUCGGAGGACUGCUUCAUCCUCGACACGGGCUCCGGCAUCUUCGUGUGGGUCGGACGCGGAGCCACGCAGCAGGAGAAGAGCCAAGCCAUCUCUCGCGCUCAGGGCUUUCUCACGUCGAAGAAGUAUCCGUCGUGGACUCAGGUGCAGCGGAUUGUGGAGAGUGCCGAAACGGCGCCCUUCAAGCAGUACUUCUCCACGUGGCGCGACCGCGGCAUGACCCACUCGCGACUCAUCCGCGCCGCCAACGACGACGACUCCGACACGGCCAUUGACGAUGAGUUCGACGCCAGCAUUCUGCACAAGAUGAAGAAGAGCGGCGGCCGCGCCAUCGGCUUCAUGCCGGACAAUGGCGAAGGCUCCGUGGAGAUCUGGCGCGUGGAAGACUUCGAUCUGGUGCCGGUGGAUCCGGAGCUGUACGGCAUGUUCUUCGGCGGCGACUCGUACGUCAUCAAGUAUGAGUACCACAACAAGAGAGGCGGCCACGGCUACGUCAUCUACUUCUGGCAGGGAAAGCACUCCAGCACGGAUGAGAAGGCGGCGUCCGCCAUUCACGCCGUGCGGCUGGACAAUGAAUUGGGCGGAGCCGUACAAGUGCGCGUCGUUCAAGGUCACGAGCCGCGUCACUUCCUGAAAAUCUUCAAGGGUAAGAUGGUGGUAUUUACGGGCGGCCGUGCGUCUGGCUUCAAGAACAUCCACGACCACGACACGUAUGACGUUGAUGGGACCCGUCUCUUCCGCAUCCGUGGCACCUGUCCCGAGGACGUGCGGGCGGAUCAGCUCGAGGAGGUGGCGGCGUCGCUGGCCUCGGACGAUGUCUUCAUCCUGGAAUCGCCCAAGGGGACGUUCGUGUGGCACGGCAAGGGCGGCUCGGACUUCGAGCGCUCCAUGGCGGCGGACAUCGUGGGCGUGCUGUCGCCGGAUGCCGAGGCGCAGACAAUCGCCGAGGGCGAGGAGCCAGAGGAGUUCUGGGCCGCCCUGGGCGGCGAGGGCGAUUACGAUCGCGAACUAGAUCCGCCGGGAGCGCCGUUCCUGGAGCCGCGUCUCUUCCACUGCAAGAUCCUGCUGAGUGGGCGCUUCAAGGUGGAGGAGGUGGCGCACUUCGAGCAGGACGACCUGGAUCAGGAUGACAUCAUGGUGCUCGACGGCGGGGACGAAGUGUACGUGUGGGAGGGCAACGGAUCCACUGAGGAGGAGAAGGAGAAGGCAAUGGACAUGGCGAGACAAUACAUUCGCACUGAUCCGACGGAUCGCUCUGAGGAAACUGUGCCCAUCAUCAAGAUUCACCAGGGCAAGGAGCCCAGGAGCUUCAAGCGCCUCUUCCCGGCCUGGGAGGAUGACCUGUGGGAGGUUAGUGCCUGAAAACACUCGUGCUGCUUUCCACCCCCUUCUUAACGCAUGGACAAAAGGCAUCACUCGCUGUGUGUCUCUCCUUUUCGUCGCGGAAAGGAGGGAACAGCACAAGAAGAGUGUGUAAUUAAGUUUUAGACACACAUGACAAAACUUACAAAUGAAAGGAGAGCGCCGAGAAGAAAGAAAACUGUAUAGAAGAUACACCCAAUUUAUCUCCUUGAAAAUAUACAUAACCAGAGCUUUUCCUCCUAA